AUGGAGAGUGAUGGCGACAGCGCUACUGAUCGAGAAGAUAGCUUAACACGAGUACCGGCUAAGAGAAAGCGUUAUAAGCAGAAGUUUCGGAAAGAAUGGUUGCUGAAUAAAGAAUAUAGUGACUGGCUAAGAAAGGAUAAUAGGGACUUAUCGAAGGCGGUCUGCAAUGUUUGCAAUACAUCUUUCAGUGCCGAAAUAAGUGUAAUAAAACGCCACAAAGAAGGAACUAAACACGUGAAUAAUUUAAAGAGGUGUAGUGCUUCAACGUCCAAAAAACAACAGUCUAUAGUAAGCGUUUUUAAAUCCAUGCCAACUAAUGAAAAGCAAUUGGUAAAGACUUCAGAAAUAAAAUUAGCUGCUUUUGUUGCUGAGCAUAAGGUAUCUCAUAAUGUCAUGAAUCACUUAGCAGAUUUGUUACCAAAGUUGUUCCCAGAUUCUCAGAUAGCCAAAGAUAUUAGAUUAAAAAGAACUAAAGUUCAAGCUGUGAUAAAUAACUGUAUUGGGGAAACUGAAAAAAGAAAACUUGAUCAGUGA